AAAAAACCUUUACGAAAUUAUAUAUUGGGACAAUACGUAUACAGUAUGCAUUUUCAAAGGCGGAGGCGCCACCCCAAGUCACUUUCCAAGAAGAUACGACGCGGAACCACGAUGAGCACGUUGACAAGCGCCGACAUGGGAGAGCUGAAGCGGCCGUCGACCCGCCUGCAUGCGCCCCCUGGCGGUGGCACGAGCUGGAGUUUUGGCGACGACUCGUCAACAGCGGAUGCACCUAAAGCCAAGGCCAAAGGCCGAGGCGGCAACAGCGGAUCGAACGUCACGAGUGACGCAUCUCCGUUUUCGCACUUCCCGCCCCCAGCCCCGACGUCUGCCUCAUCCGCCACGUCAAAUGGCGCUUCUGUCCCUGCGGCUCCGGCCGGCACCGUGGCAAAAUCGUCGUCAAACCGCCGUGCCCAUUCCACGGCCCGCAUCGCCGUGCUCAAGACCAAGACCGAUGAGCAUGUCGUGGAUGAUUUUGCAGUCAACUUCACGCAUGCGUUGGCACCCAGCGUUUCGUACGAAAUGGUCACGGUUCCAUCCCUUGAAGAUCUGCCGUAUGCGGCCAACAAGUUGGCGGUCCAUGGCGGGUUUGACGGCGUCGUCGUGUUUGGGCUUCUCAACACGUCGGACGCGUUGUUUUCCGUCUAUUCCACCAGCAUCCUGUCCGCGCUCAUUCAAAUCAGCAUUGCCGCCGUCAAACCAAUUGUCCGCGCCAUCUUUGUCGGCGAACCGCGCGUAGCGUCGGUAAAGGCAAAGGGCGGGUACGGCGCCGAAUUCGCCGCGACGAUUGAAGACCUCGUCCAACUCGGCGGGUUCAUCCAUCGUCCAACGUCCACUGCGUCGGUGUCUUCCUCGUUGGCCGCUCCGCGCGCGUCCGCCCACCACGCAACUGCCGCAGAUGUCCAUGCCGACAACAACGUUUUCCCCGAUGCUAUCAAGUCUGCGCCACGAUCGGUGCAAGACACACUGGCAGCACUACGAGCGUCGUUGUACGAACAUGGAGCUCGCGGCAUCGUCGGUCUCGGGCGCAAGUUCCGCAUCAUGGACGACGACAACAGUCGCACGCUCGACCUGGGCGAAUUCACAAAGGCCAUUCGGGAGCAUGCGUUGAACCUGUCCAAGGCCGAAGUCGCGGACCUGUUUGCAUUCUUUGACGACGACCGCAGCGGCCAGAUCAGCUACGAUGAAUUCCUUGUGGGCAUCCGCGGUGAAUUAAACGACCGGCGCCAGCAGCUCGUCCUCCUCGCGUUCGCGGUCGUGGAUGCGGACGGCAACGGGAUCCUCGAGCUCGACGACAUCAUUGCCAAGUACAAUGCGGACAAACACCCGGACGUGAUCAGCGGCAAGCGCACCAAGCACGACGUGUUUCGCGAGUUUCUCGACACAUUUGACGGCGGCGAGAAGGACGGAAAGGUCCACCCGUCCGAGUUUCUCCGGUACUAUGCAAACUUGAGCGCGAGCAUCGACAACGAUGACUACUUUGAGCUCAUGAUUCGCAACGCGUGGCACAUUUCGGGCGGCGAAGGCUGGUCCGCCAACUCGACGUGCCGCCGCGUUCUCGUCACGCUUGACGAUGGCACGCAGCGUGUGGAAGAAGUCAAGAACGACAUUGGCAUCCACACCAAGGAAGCGAUCGCUGCUGCGCUCAAGGCGCAGGGCACGGAUGCGGCGACCAUCGCGACGUCGGGCUACGUCGAGAACGUGACCAAGGCGCCGAAACCUGGCAAAAAACUGCAGCAUGGCGCAGGCGACAGCUCGAUUGUGUUUGGAUAGAACCGAUAACCAACCAUCCCGCGAUGGGGCAUUUGAACGCCUGCGGGUUGGAAUAACGUUGGUGGAUGAUGAAAAGCAUGGAGGACUCGUCAACUCGUAGAGCAACGGCGCACGGUGGCGCGAUUGGCACCAUGUCUGCGUGUCAAUGGGGCAUCUCUCGACGGGAUGCCGACGGCACAGAGAAAGCAGUCGGUAGGGUCAGCGAAUGAUCACGGCACGCGGGACGGAAUAUGCCACAGCGUCAUGGCGCCGACUCCGACGCAAGCGUCAUGCCGGGCCGAGACAAC